AUGCAAAUCGACGAGCUUCAAGCCCGAAACAACCACACCUAUGAAAACGGACACCGGUACUAUGGCUUCAAGUUCGAAUAUCCUUUCCCAGACGACAAGGACGCACAGGAUACCCACAGUGGCAUAGAGCGCCUCUGGCGCGAGUUGCUCGAUUGGAAGGUCUUUGUCGCGCCGCUUCCCUCUCCGCUUGGGAAAAACCCACAAGGUGCUGGACUUCGCUACGCGGAGUGCCGCCUGGGUGGUGAGCUUCUGCCAGAGCGAGCAUCACAGGGCCUUUGUCACCUCAAUGGACCCGACAUAUAUGCAGAUCUUCCAGGGACGAUGUCUCUGGGUGGAUUGCUUACCGAUUGGGAGGGGUUUUAUGAUAAUGCUUUCAAGCACCUUGUGCCGGGUGGAUGGUUGGAGGUCAAGGAGCAGGAUAUUCGUCUUUGCUCUGAUGAUGGUGGGGUUCCAGACGCCGUGAGACAGUGGCAGGAGCUGUUGGAAGAGGCGGCUGAGAAGUUUGGGAAGAGGAUCAAUGUGGCUAGGAAGCAGAGGGAGUGGAUGGAGCGUGCUGGAUUUGCUGAGGUGAAGGAGGAAGCCUUCAAGGUCCCGCUGGGCCAAUGGAGUGAGGGCCUCAAAUGGAAGGAAAUCGGAAUGACCUACUCCUACCAGCUACUGAAGAGUCUGGAUGUGUAUUCCCUGCGCCUAUUCACUCAUACCUUGGGCUGGUCCGAAGAGGACACAGAUGCACUCCUGGGCAGGGUUCGCGAGCAGUUGAAGCAAGAGGAUCUACGUCUCUAUUCUUAUUUUCAUGUGGUUGUUGGGCAGAAGCCUACAACCGCGGAAAGAUGGCGGGGGCGUGUACAACAGCCAUCUUGA